AUGGCUGUAUCAUUUGGUAUUUUAUACAGUGAAAUUAAAACAGAAUUAAAAACCUCGCAUGUGGAAACUGCCUGGAUUUUCUCCUUUUUUAACGGUCUACUUGGACUUACUGGUUUGCCAUUAGGAUUUUUACUACACAAGACAAAUGAAAGAUGGCUGACGGUUAUUGGAACCUUUUUCCUCAUCGCUGGAAUGAUAUCGAGCAGUUUUGCUUCCAAGAUCAGUACGCUAUAUAUCACAUAUGGUGUCAUAAGUGGUGUUGGCGCUGGUAUAGUACAUUAUUGUGCCAAUACCAUAAUUGUCCGACAUUUUAGCUCAAAAUGGUGUCCACUAGCAAUAACUAUAGCUAAUUCUGGUUCAGCUGUAAGCUCUCUUGUAUUUCCACCUGUAUUGACAGCGAGUAUCCAAAGUUACGGCUGGAAAACAACAUUUAUGUUGCUAAGUGGAACAUCAGCCGUUGGUUUGUUCAGUGCUGCUUCUUAUGUAGCACCGGACAAAGACAUUGAUACAAAAAUAUCAAAAGAAGCACACCAUGAUGAGUACAAAGAUGAUCCGAAAAAGCACACAGAACCAUUGAAAGUAAGGAAGAUGGCAAUAGAAGUUUUAAAAAACUGCAAAUUCAUGGUGUUCUUCAUCUCAAGUUUCACUGCGUUCACGGUUAUUUUUGUCCCUUCAACAUUUCUUCCUGACUUUAUGCGACAUGCUCAACGUUCUAGGCAAGAAAUAUCUGCAUGCGUCAUGGUUAUGGGAUUUGGAAACUUGUUAGGUCGUCUGAUAAGUGGAGCCAUUGCAACUAGAUUCAACCAGCAUGUUCCUUGGAUACAUGGCCUAACGCUUUUAGGACUUGCCUUUUCGACUAUAUUGCUUGCAAUUUCGAAAUCUCUUAUAUCAUUGAUAGUGUUGUCGCUGCUGUUAGGACUAUUCUCAGGUGGAUUUUUUGGGCUUUAUACAGCCGUAGUGGCACAUUACUUGGAUAGAUCUCAUAUUCCAGUCGGAUUGGGAUUGACCAUUGCAGCUAAUGGGAUAUCUUCAACCACGGGAAUGCCUCUAGCAGGUUUCGUGUCAGAUUUGUACGAUGGAGACGAUGGCGCGUUCGUUUUUGGUGGUUGCAUGAUGUUUUUUGCUGCACUGAUUCUGUCUGUCAACGUUAUCAAGGAAUUCUUCUCCAAAAAUGAUGUUUCCACAGAAUACGAAGUUGAAAUAACACGCUUUUAG